UUCGCCUGAGGAGAGGCGGCAUAAUGCUUUACGAACCGCCCGGUUCUAUACUCCGCUAAGCGCAGUUUCCAAUCUUGAAGAUGGUACUAGCAGAAAUGGCGUCUUGGUAUCCACUGUUGCAGAGACGCUAUCUCUGUACCAAGAUUUCCAAAACCACCUCCUCCGUCCACCACCACAACCGAUGGACCAUAAAGCAAGUGACCAAGUCCAAUUUCCCCGAUUCACUCGAAGAUAUCAAGUCCCACCUCCGCGAUUCUCGUUUCGUCGCUGUGUCGAUGCAGACCACUGGUUCAUAUUCAUCUCCUUGGCACCGAGUUCUUCCCGUCGACACCUCCGAAACCGCCUACUUGAAGGCCAAGUACGCCGCCGAGAGGUUUCAAAUCCUUCAGUUUGCCGUUUGCCCUUUCUCCGUUAGGGCUUCUAAGCUCAUCGCUCAUCCGUGA